AUGAGGACCUACUCGUUCGUCUUCCUGGCCCUCCUCGGCUGCGUCCUGGUGGGCGACUCCCAGGCGGCCACCGCCACCACCACCACCACUUCCGCCACGGCCACCACCGUCGCCGCGACCACCACCGUCGCCUCAGCCGCGGCCUCCGCCACCACCACCACCACGGAGGCGACCACCACCACCGCCGCGUCCGCCUCCAAGAAGACGAAGAUUGUUAGGAAGCACAGGAACAGGAGGAGGAGGGGUGAUAAGAAGGUGGUAAUCAGGCGCCAUCCAGCGAAGCGGAGCAAGGGCCGGAGGAGCAAGGGCAGGAGGAGCUACUACGACUCCGAGUAG